CUUCGCAGAAGGAGGAGACGGCAUCCCAGUCCCCCUCGCUCCGCACCAUGGCUUGUAUCAGUGCCGGACGCGAGAGGGCGCCGUCGCCGACCACAUCCCUGAGGAUACGGCGGUGCUCAGCCCACGCAGGGCAGACCGCAAGCGUAUGUUCCACCGUGUCCUCCGGGCGGUCUUCGCAGUGAUGACACCCGGGCGUUUCCUCCCGCCCAAUCAGAAACAGGAACCUACCGAAGCUUCCAUGUCCGAUAACGAUCGAUCGAGGAUGUCAGCUACAAAGUACCUGCACCCCUUCCUGCGUGGGCUGAAACCCUUGCCCGAGGGCCACGAGGAUGAGAUACAGCAGAUCAGGGAGUGGAUGAAGAGUCAGCCGCACCUGCCCCACAUUUCUGAUGAGUACGUGAUCCUGUUCCUGCACUCCAACUACUACAAGGUGAAGGAGACUAAAGACACCAUAGAAUGCUACUUCACCUUGAGGGCAAACACUCCAGACCUGUUCACCAAUCGCGACCCCUUCGGAGCGAAGAACAAAGCUAUUUUGGACAUAACGCACAUGGUAGGCCUUCCAAACAAGACUGCAGAAGGUUACAACGUCCUGCUGUACCGACUGGCAGAGUUUGACUACAGUAAGCUGAACUUCGCUGAUGCCGUGCGAGUUUUCUGCAUGUUCAACGAUGUCAAGCUGUCUGAAGACAGGCUCUCUGAUGGCUACAUCGUUAUCUUCGAUAUGAAGGGCUGCAGCCUCGGUCACCUGACCAGGGUGACUCUUCCUGCGCUGAGAGCCUUUAUGCAUUAUAUUCAGAACGCCCACCCUUGCCGUCUAAAGAAGAUCCACGUGGUCCACACAGUCUCCUUCAUCAACCAAGUCAUGUGCCUCGUGAAACCGCUCAUUCACUCCAAUCUCCUCAACCUCUUGAACUUCUCCUCCGAAGGGCCAGAGUCAGUGGUAGACAAGGAACUCCUGCCCGAAGACUUUGGGGGUCCAUUACAACCAGUUAAGCAGUUACAUGAAGAACAGAGGAAAAAUAUGGAGGAGAAUUAUAGAGAGUGGCUGAUCGAGACUGAGAUCUUCAAGGCUGAUGAGAAGAAAAGGAUUAAGAAGCCCAGUAAAGGUAUGUUCGCCAGCUUCACCAGUAGUUUCAAGAGCCUGGACAUUGACUGAUAGGUUUAUGAUCAUGUCGCGCUAGGGACCUGACAGUUUCCUUUUCACUUGUUUCUAGAAUAUUCUGUACCAUUAGUAAGAAUUUGCUUUACGUUUAAAGUAAUCGAAACAAGAGCGCGUUCGGCACUCUGAUUGGCUGGCUCGAAUAAACUAACCAAUCAGAGCCCUAAACGCACUCUCGUCUCGAUUACUUCAAGCGUAAAACAUACUCGUACUAAGGGUUCUGGUACUGCAGCAAGUCAACCUAUUCUAAUCUGUUGUUCGAUAUUCGACUUUAUGUCAAAACGAUUAAUUUGAAAAGGAAUUGAACAGAAAGGUGUAGUUUGACAUGCUGGUCCCUGUACUAAUUUACCUUUAAGUAUUUAAUAAGACUUUGUGGAAGCUAUUUAUAGACAGUUAUUGUAUCUGCCCUAUUUAUUUUCAAUCUUUUUUUGUUACGUACGUCUUUUAUGACUUAGGUACUGCCGAUUUUAUAACCGAUCGCUUUGUAUCGUUUAAAAAAGAUAUAUUCAUCAAAAAUUUGUUUUGAAUACUGUAUCCUUAGUACGAGUUUUACGUUCGGAGCGCUAUUGGUUGGUUUAUUGGAGCCGGCCAAUCAUAGUGAAGAAUGCGCUCUCGUUUCGAUUACUUUAAACGUAAAGCAAUUUCAUACUAAGGCUACAGAUCAGUUAAUGAAAUCGCUAUUGGAAACAUUUACAAAGCGUUCUGUUGUAUUUCCUUCUAAAAGUGGUUCUAUACCCUUAAUAAGAGUUUGCUUAACGUUGAACGAAAACGAAACGAGAGCGUGUUCGGCGCUCUGAUUGGCCGGCGAGAAUGAAUCAACCAAUCAAAGCAAACCCGUACUAAAGGUACUGUCUCUUUGAUUUCUAUGAAUUUUGGCAGAAACAGAAUGUAUGUUUAGGAAAUGCUUUGGUAAUGUAGAAAAAAAAUAAGUUUCAUAGAACGAGCUUUCAAAUGUAAACUGUUUUGUAUUUUCGAUAGAGUAUGUAAGAUUUUUGUAUGUAAUUGAAUUUGUAUUUUUUUAUUAUAAUUUUUUGUAAUAGUAAGUAUUUUAGAAUUUGAGUCAUAGAUAAAAUUGAGUUUAAAGGUAAGCGUCUACAAGCCCGCAUUGUACGCAUCGCACAAAUUCCGCAUGACGUCAUCGGUACGCAUCGCAUGUAGGCAUUGCUGAUGAUGCGGUCCGUACGAUGCGGAUCAGUGGACGCAGUUGUAUGAGUUUCUAUACAAGACAAACUAAAAUCCGUUGCGUGCGAUGCGUACGAUGCGGGCUUGUGGACGCUUAUCUUAAAUACCUACUCUGGUUUUUUGACGAAUUUCUUUUGUUUAUAAUGUCCUCAAUUUUUUGUGUUUUUUAAUACUUUAAUCAAGUAGCAGGUUGUGAUUAAGACUUGUACGUGCUUUUUGUAAUAAAAUGACUCAUUCUGAACCAUUUUGUAUGUUUUUAAACAGUUAAUGUGUUUUCAUUGUUUUGUAAUAACUUUCUUUGCUCAAUUUUGGAUUAUAAUAUAUUUUUUUAUCUAUUGUAUUUUGAUUAAAGUGUGGUUUUGGGUUCGUGUGAUACGUAAAAGAUUUUUGUAAAAAAAAAACAUUUUGACACGUGAAACGUGACUUUUUCUAACAUUAGAACUUCAGACGGGAUAUUUACCAAGUUUAUUAAUGUCUAUGAGUUUCCGAUAUUUCGGCAUUGUUGCAAGCGCCAUGAUCACGGAUGAAUUGGAUAUUAGUAAACAUGGUAAAUAUCCCGUCUUAAGUUCUAAUGUCAGUUUAAAAACUUAUAAUGUGACUUUUGUCAAAUGUUACCAUAUUUUUAUAAAUUUUUAUACGAUUAGGCACCGCUUUGUAAAUAUUUAGGCGUUUUCUUAUUUCUAUACUAAGUUUUGAUAACUAUACUAGAGUUGUUUUGUGGCUCGAGGAAAAAAAAAUGAUAUAAAUUUUUACUGUAGCAACCUUUUAAUGAAUUUCAAUAUUUUUUUAUUGUUGUAUUAUAAUUAUAUGAAUGUUACAAUAUUAUGCUUAUACGACAAGCCAAAUCGUUAUAUUUUUAUACGUAUACAUAUUGUAAAUAGUCAAAUAUAAUUUUACUAUAGA